GGGAGUGGAGACAUUUUUCUCAGUGACGUCGCAUAUACCGGCUGUUUGACUCGGAAACGGCCAUGCAGUGUGUAAAGAAGAAAUGACCGACAGUGACCUCAAGUAAGAUGUUGAAGACCUGUCUAUUGUCUUCAUCUCUUUAUAACACUAAAGCAUUUAUGUAAAACUCUGAUAAAACAAUUGUACAUUUGGAAGCGUCUUCGAAACGUCGAGUCGUUACGCAUCUGUCCGUCUUCCGAGCGUUCAUAUUUGCUGCGUAAAAUAAUGGAAAAUGCUGAAACAUCCGAUCAAAACGGAACGACGCACUACACGAACGGUUUAGUAAACGGAUUUCACACCAUUCAGUCCGAUAACGGGGAGUGUAUUUCAUCUAACGGAGCUGGUCUGGGUGCUAGUGACAGUAGCGGUGGCCAUAAUGGUAUUGAAAAUUUCCACCAUCUUCAUCAGGAUGUACACAACAAUGGUUCGCCUGCAAAGCGUUGCAGACUCCGAAGACGCGUGGAUUCGGGAAAGAAGAACAGACCGCCUUUUCCAUGGUUUGGAAUGGAUAUCGGAGGCACCCUGGUAAAGCUGGUUUACUUUGAGCCCAAGGACAUAACUGCUGAAGAAGAACAAGAGGAAGUGGAGAGCCUGAAGAGCAUUCGCCGAUAUCUGACCUCCAACGUGGCCUAUGGAAACACAGGUAUCCGAGAUGUUCACCUGGAGUUGAAGAACCUCACCAUGUGUGGCCGGAAAGGCAACCUUCACUUCAUUCGUUUCCCCACACAAGACAUGCACCGCUUCAUCCAAAUGGGCAGAGACAAAAACUUCUCCAGUCUGCACACCACACUGUGUGCCACGGGUGGGGGUGCAUACAAGUUUGAGGAUGACUUCAGAACGGUGGCUGGUUUGGAGCUGCAGAAGCUAGAUGAACUGGACUGUCUUAUUCAAGGUCUGCUGUACGUUGACUCAGUUGGGUUCGAUGGCCAUCCAGAGUGUUAUUUUUUCCAAAAUCCCUCUGACCCUGAAAACUGUGUCAAGAGGCCAUUUAGCCUGGAGAACCCCUUCCCUAUGUUGCUGGUAAACCUUGGCUCGGGGGUUAGCAUCCUGGCUGUCUAUUCCAAGGAUGAUUACAAGCGAGUCACAGGCACCAGUUUAGGAGGUGGUACGUUUCUUGGCCUGUGUUGUUUGCUGACUGGCUGUGAGACAUUUGAGGAGGCCUUAGAGAUGGCAGCUAAAGGGGACAGCACAAAUGUGGACAAACUAGUGAAGGACAUCUAUGGAGGCGAUUACGAACGCUUCGGUCUCCAGGGUUCCGCCGUUGCAUCCAGGUAUAGACAGAUUUGCCAUAUGAUUUUCAAUUUGAAAUGUGACAGUAUAAGUAAAGAGGACCUGGCCAGGGCCACUCUUGUCACCAUCACAAACAACAUUGGUUCCAUCGCCCGCAUGUGUGCAGUGAACGAGAAUAUUGAUAAAGUGGUUUUUGUUGGGAAUUUCCUUCGGAUCAACACAGUAUCAACUAAGCUGCUAGCCUAUGCCAUGGACUUCUGGUCUAAUGGACAACUGAAAGCCCUUUUCUUAGAACAUGAAGGUUAUUUUGGAGCUGUUGGUGCCUUCCUAGAGCUACUGAAGAUGACUGAAGACUCCUGAGACACUGAGGAAACGCCAACCUUUAAACCAGAAGCUGCUGUAAGAUUUCAGGAAAGCCACAUCCCCUAAUAAGGAAAAGCCAUUUAAUAAUGUGACGAGUUUCCAUUUCCCUUCAAAUCAUCUACAUGCUGGCCCUUCUAUGCUCGUGGCAGGAGCAGGUGAUCAAGAGGUUAUGAUGCAAAAGUGCACCGUAAGCUGCACCUCAUUCUAACUGUUCCUUGUCACCGUUGCCAUAAUCCCAGCACAUCUUUGCCUUUCCCAUGUAUUGAUGAUUUGAUUGAAAGAUGAUUUAGGACACUAAUGCUUGUGUACUCCCUCUUCUCCCUGUUUGUGAGCUUUAUGAAAACAACUGUAACAUAUUAAAAGAGUUUGGAGGUGAGUAUUAUGUGUAUUAGGCCUGCUGUGUAAAAACAGCCUUCCCCAAUCCCCUCUAAACAAAUCAUGCUUUAAACCACAAAUCAGAUUUAUAUUUACGCAUAGAUGAGCAGUCUGUGAGAGCAACCCAUUUAUGCAAGACUUUGCUCUCCCGGUUCUAGUCACAUACAAGCAUUUAUAAUAUCUGUAUUACAUUAAAAAUGCUAAGUUGUAUUAUUAAACGUAAAGUAAUUUUGGACACUUAAGCACGAGUCCAAAAUCAUAUUUUUUUUUAUUAAUUUAUUUUUUUACAAUAAUACAUCAAACACCAGUUGAAUUUCAGUACUUUUCAAUUAGAUAAAGCUUAUAUUUAAACACUUUUACAGAAUUAGCAAAAUGUUGUCAGGUAGACUUGUUUUAUCUACAUUUGGGCCUUGUAUGAUUAGUGGAUUGUUGGCCUGAGUAGCUGUUUCCAAGAUAUCUUUACCUCCUUUUAACUGGUCUGAGUAAUGAACAGAGAACAUAUGCACCUGAGCUGACACUGAUUGUGUUGGGACCAAAUUGUCUAUAUUGACUGGAAAAGAAUAUCUUCUUCAGAUGGAGAAGUCCUUUCUUCCCCUGAUAAUGAUUUAUAUUUGGUUUUGCAGUCCCAAAUGCUGAGAUUUCUCUGAUCUGAAUGUGUUAACAGUUUACCCUGCGUAUAUACACUGUAGUAUGUUACAUUUCAUUUGAGACAGCUAACCAAGACAUAUAUUUAGUCAAAUCUCCUCACAAACACCUUCAUCCUUCUAAACAUUUUCAGCUUAAACAUCAUCUAUUACUGAAAAUAUUUUGCCUUUUUUCCACAUGUAUCAACUUGAGAUGCCUAAACACCUUUUAACUCUCUGUAUUAAUACUGGAUAGCUGGGUCUGACUGUGAACUCUCUAGGUUGUUUUUCAGAACCAGAUGUAUGUUAAACAUGUGCUCCUAAAGCUGGAAUCAGAAAUUCCAAGUCACUAUAAUCUGUUUAAAUAUGUAAGAUCAGAAACACAAGCACUUCUUAGAGAAAAAUGUAUUGCCUUUCCCUCCCUUUGAGCAACACAGCAUGACAGCAAUUAUAUUUGUACCAAUUUAAUUUUCUCAUUUUGCCUCCUCAACACUGUAAAUAUGAACUAAAACGUUCAUUUAAUCCUUUAUUUUUAACGGCACUAAUACAUUGUGUUGAUCAUGAUAAAUGCAAGCAAGACCAAAACUCCUAAAAUGAGGUAAUAUGAGGAAUAUUAUCAUGAUGCAAUUACUUUUAGAGGAUUGUGUCAAAAAGAAUUACCUAUUGUGAGUGUACUGAACCUACUACAUGCUAAACAACAGACCUGUGCUGACAUUAAAGUGUCUUCUAACUGCUGGUAAGAUCUGUAACAGCACAUUAAGCACACUGCCUCUACAUCUGUUCCUUCUGUCUGUUGAUUCAUGCUUUACUUCUUCUGCUCAGUCCUUAGAAUUGCCUUAUGCAGUGGGGUGCCAUUUUGUCUUUGGAUGUCUGGAUUAAGCACAAUGGCACCCCAACAUCUCUCUGAGCCACAAAAGUAACUUCCAAGUGUUACGGGGUGCCUUUUACUGAUAGAGACAAGGCUUUAUCUCUGUAUCCUCUGUAUUGUUGCUAAUGCUAAAUCCAGAUGUCAUUGUAUACAUUAAUCCUUAACAGUAUAUUUGAGGUGUUUUCUUUUUCUUCUUUGCGGGGGUAUUGCUUUACCUAUGCCACAGCAGACUGAAUGCAUGUCGGUACAUUGUAUUUUAACUGAGCCAAUGCAAAGCAUGUAAGCAAUUUCUGAACAGGUGUGUCAUUUCCUUGUUCUUGGAUGGAUCGCUCCAUCUAAUGUAGUCAAAUUGCCUUUCUAUCAAGUUUUGUUCUUGUAAACCAGCAUAACGCUUGGAUGGUAUGUCAGCGCAUGUUCAUUUCAUUUCGCUAUAUAUGUUCAAUUGUAUUAAAACCUUUCUCUCCUUUCAUAAAUGUAUUCUGUCUGUCCCAAACAGACAGUUUGUUUGUUGCCUAGUUUUCAGGAAGCAUGUUCUAAAUUAUAAAUGCUGAAGCGCCAUUACAGUUGAAUUAUACAUUUUUUAGAGCUAAAUUGUGUCUUUAUAAAUCAUCUCAUUUUAGAUAAUUAGAUGCUAUUUUUCCUUGCUAAUAUUCCUCAUUAAUCUCCUGACAAACUUGUCUUAUGUAUGUGAUCUGAGUGAGUACGUUUAAUUCCAUACUUAAAGUCCUUUAAACUUAAGUUUAUUCAGUGUUCAGGCAAUCAUAUGAAUCUCAAACUGUAUCACUACACAAAUUUUAAGUGUAUUUCUUAUGGUAUAACAUUUGAUGUUGGUCAUAGAGAAAUCCUUGAUUUACUUAUGCCUCCUAAGGAAUGAAGAAAUCAUAUUACUGGCUGAAAAAUGUCACUAAGAAGUUUUUAUAUUGGUUUUGAGUUACCAUGUGAAGAGCUAACUUCAUUUGUCAAUAAACUAUUUUGUAAAUAUCUAAUAAAUGUGUUAAUUAUGGAAAUUG